AUGGGACAGCUUCUGGAACUAUUCAAUGCCACGACGCAUUCCCUCCCAAUUUCUAAUCUACAAAAAUUCAAUUAUCUUCUGAAAUCACUCAAGGGAGAUCCACGCGACUCUAUAUCUCGGUUCCAGAUUAGUUCCACAAAUUACAGCAUGGCGGUAGCCCAUCUGAAGGAAAAGUAUGGGAACGCCCAGAACAUUGUAACCAACCUUCAUCAACAGCUGGGGAACUGGAGCGCAAGAAGCUCACAGCUGAAGGAUCAGCGCAAGCUCUUCGAGCAACUGUCGGCAAUUACAACACAGUUGGAGAGCAAAGGCGAAAAUUUAGGAAGCCCAUGGUUACUAUCGAAACUACUGUGCAAGUUCACAGAAGCUAUCCAGAGGAGGACCCCUAGAGAAAAGGUCUCCUUGCCUCAACAAGAAGCAUGGACAUUGAAGAAACUUAUGACAACCUUGGAUAAGGUCAUAAAACAAGAAGAGGAGAUCGAACAGUCGAUGCCGAAAAGAAAAGAAACUUAA